AUGGAAGCUCUGACCAAGAAAACGCAUAACCCUGGUUCUUCUGUCAAAAAUAACCUUUCGGCGUAUCAGUAUCAUGGGUAUACUCGCCAAAUGUCACACGAUCAGGGCGAACGAAGUUCAAGUGCAAAUGAAUCAAGUGCAAAUGAAUCAAGUGCAAAUGAAAUCCGGGAGAUACUGGAGCUUAACUAUCUGCGCAAACUCGACCCAGGCUCUGCUUCGCGAUGCCUUUCUCUCCCUGGAGAAUCACUGAUACAUUUUUGGUUCGAUCUGGGUCCGAAAUCCAAAGUAUUUGAGAAGGACUUUGAAAAGGAUUUUAGCCAUUACCGGCUCAACUCAACGCUUCAAUAUGUGGCAUUCCCGCAAGUCUCAGUGAUUUCCAGCGACGGUGGAGAAAAGUCUUCUGCCGAAACCAGCGGACGAGCGGAUAUGCUAUUCUUUUCCAGGUGGCUGGAGAAACAUAAACAUGUGGAUCGCAUUCUAACUGUCAUCGUGGACGAUCUCAAGCAACCCUCUCAUAGUGAUGAGGUGGUGGAAAAGGCAUUGGAAACUUUCAAAACUGAGAUCUUGGACUGGCGUAAGGUUGAUAUGUGCCCUCAAACUAUCUGUCGAAUUGGCUCUCACAUUCACACACUCCAUCUCUACUGGUCGGGGCGAAACUCGGUAUUGCGAGGCUGGUGUGAGGCUAACGGCCUAGCGAGAUUGAAGCGUUUACAAAGGGUUUAUCUUCACGUUCACGAUAUUUUAGACUCAGAAGAUCGGACAGCAUCAAAUAUCGAGGAAUUCAAGCAAAGUCUAUGUUCUCGCAUGACGAACAGGAAAGACAAAUUUUCUGUUGAUGACGACUUUAAAGAGUGGCAAUUUCGGCAGAAAUUCCCAUCCCAAACCACUAUAAGAGAGACCAAACACGGGAUCCCAGAUUCUCAUGCCUGGUUGGAAUGUAUGGAUGUCUUUGUGAAAAAAUUCCGCACGGUGGCAGAUCCAGACAACAUUUCGGGCAAGCCGAUCGUCGUUGCGUUGCUUGAUGAUGGGGUGACGUUGCCGCACGAGGGUGCGGACUCACGGCUUUUCGAUGGAACUAGCUUCCAGACUUAUGAUGGUGACCAGCGUGUCAGCCCAUUUUGGAUUUCAGAGACGGGACAUGGUACACUGAUGGCCCAACUUAUUCAUCGCAUUUGCCCUAAGGCAAUGAUAAAGGUGCUCAAGCUCCAGACUCGGCCCACAGCAAAUCUGUCCAAGGUGCAAAUCGUAGAAAGCAGUGCAAUUAAGGCUAUCGAGGACGCAGUUUCAAUGAACGUGGACGUGAUCUCUAUGUCAUGGACAGUCAAUAGUAAUAAUCGGCAAGCCUUCAAAGCCGCCCUUGACCGAGCAAUUAAGGCGAAAAUCCUGGUGUUCUGUGCCGCAAGCGACAAAGGGACAGGAAGAGACAUCAACUAUCCCCAUAAUUGUUCCCCGAAUGACACUUUCCGAGUGGGCGCUGUCAAAGCCUCUGGGCAAAUAUGGGAGUGGGUCCCGGAACCAGAAAAGCUGGAUAUUGGCCUGCCAGGACACGACGUCCUAAUGAAGCAAGAUCUUCCACAGGGGAACGAUUUCAGACUCGAAUCACACACCGGAUCUUCGGUCGCAACUGCCCUAGCUGCUGGGUUAGCUGCUUUGAUCUUAGAGUGUGUCAGACUGGGACAUGCUUAUAGUGUUUCUUGCGAUGUUCGUGAUCCCGACCUUAGAGUCACCGAGAAUGAUUGCCCUAAUGAAUUGAAGGAUAAUGGCUCAAAGUUGGAGACAGCUGCGAGAAUUGCCCGAAAAGUUUUGGAUAAAGGCGCUUUUAGCGCAUCAACUGGCAAGAGCUGA